UAGAUAAUAUCCGAAUAUUACGGCCCUGGUCAGGCCGGGCCACUUUUUCAACCCAUCUGACACGGUCAGCAAGUGAGAUGGACACAAAUAGCCAGCAUAGCGCCAGAUGUUAAAAAUGAUAAAAAUCAAUAUGUAUGUACACCACUUAAGAAAAUAUUUCACACUGGGCAGGGAUCUCAUUUUACAGCCUCCGACACAUCCCAAUCUGGCAGUUUUUCGAAUGACAUACCGAAGCAUUCCAAGCACCACUAUAGAAUGUGCAGCAGUUCAACUUUACAAGCGAGUUUUCCCCUUUGACCUAUCCUUAUCUGCACCCGAGUGUUAAAGAGCAUGAGACUACAAUGUCAAAGUCCUGCCUGGGCUGGAACCGCAAGGACUAACAAGUCCUCCUCAGUAGAAGGGAAUCUCUUGACAGACGAACUACAUUUGAUGUCAAAUGAGAGUGAAGAUGCUACGCUUGUGGGUUGGCCUCUUGUUUUCCGCUCUAUGUGCGACUUCCGCAUAUGGCGGCAAGGUGCUCGUUUUUCCACUGGAUGGAAGCCACUGGGUGAACAUGAAAGUCAUUAUCGAGGGACUGCACUCGAGAGGCCACCGGGUUGAUGUGGUGCGAACGGACGACAGCUGGUACAUCAAGGAAAAGUCCCCGUUCUACAACGCCAUCACGCUUGACGUGGAGUCAGGCUUCAGCAAAGACUUCAUUGUGAAGUUUGUGGAGCAGUUGCUGCACAUCCAGCGGGAAGGGAAGUCCGCCUGGACUCGUUUCAAACUGGAAAUGGAGCAAGGUGAAAAGGCCUCACAGAUGCACGAAAAAACAGCCAAAUUGCUCGAGUGGAUUUUUGAAAAUAAAACCUUGGUGGAGUCGCUCCAAAGUGCCAAGUAUGACCUUGUUCUGACGGAUCCGGGAGUACCAGGCGGUGUUAUUCUCGCCCACUGUCUGAAGCUACCACUCGUUUUUAACGUGAGAUGGACCAGCCACGGCGAGGGCCAUUUAGCGAUCGCGCCGUCCCCUCUGUCGUAUGUGCCCAUGACGGGAACGGAAUUUUCUGACAAGAUGAGCUUUUCUGAACGAGUUCUGAACACUUUGGUGUUGCUCUUUGGGGAAUAUCAAAUAUCAAAGUAUAUAAAACCGCAUUAUGAAAGCCUGAUUAAGAAGUAUUUAAGCCCUGGUGAAAACUACCAGUCACUGUUCCAGGCAGCAGACCUGUGGCUCAUGAGAGUGGAUUUUGUCUUUGAGUUUCCUCGCCCCACCAUGCCCAACGUCAUCUACAUUGGGGGCUUCCAGUGUAAACCUGCCAAGCCUCUACCGGCGCACCUGGAGGAGUUCGUCCAGAGUUCUGGAGAUCACGGAGUCAUCAUCAUGUCCCUGGGGACUCUCAUUGGGGAACUCCCCAGCGACCUAGCUGACGAAAUUGCCGCGGCUUUUGCCAAGCUCCCCCAGAAGGUCAUCUGGAGGUAUAAAGGGGCAAAACCUUCCACUUUGGGAAACAACACUCUCCUGGUAGACUGGAUGCCGCAGAACGACCUUCUGGGACAUCCCAAGAUCAAACUCUUUGUUGCUCACGGCGGGACAAACGGCGUCCAGGAAGCCAUUUACCACGGAGUUCCAAUCCUCGGGCUACCGCUCAUUUUCGAUCAACGGGAUAAUCUGCUCAGGAUCGGAAUGAGAGGAGCAGGGAAAAGCGUGGAUAUAUUCACCAUGGAUCAUGAUAUCUUUUUCCAGGGCGUACAGGAAGUCCUGUCUGAUCCGUCCUAUAAGAAAAACAUGCAAAGGCUGUCCAGGCUGCACAGAGAUCAGCCCAUCCCGCCGCUCGACAACGCCCUCUUCUGGAUUGAGUUUGUCAUGAGGCAUAAGGGCGCAGCUCACCUGAGGACCGAUUCCUACCAGCUGCCCUGGUUUGUCUACUACUCUGUGGACGUGCUCCUUUGCUUAUCUUCUGUCGUGCUGCUUAUUCUCGGUGCUCUGAGCACCUUUUUUGGCUGUCUUUGUUCUAAAGUCUGCCUGCAAAGAAAAAGUAAACAUGAUUAAAGUUACGUAAAAGUUACUUGAGUACCAAUGAGCCGCACAUUUCACCUGAUCAUAAGUCUAGUCUGUAACAUUUAAGUCUUGCGGAAAUUGCUUUUGUACAUUUGGCGUAAUCCACCGAACUGCCGGAGUGAAUAAAGUCAUACACUGUUUGUGCAAGUCCUAAGUACCGUCACAUCUAAGACUCAAGACUUAAAAUUCAUAUCGGUCCAUCAUUAGUGUAGUUAAAGCGAAGCAAGCCAAGUCAUCGCUUUGAGCAGGUCAUACAAUCUUGCUCAGUCACAACACAUAUUUGCACAUUUGCUGCUUUGCGCUCAUUGUCCAGCCAGUACUUGUUUGCUGUACGAACACAUUCACAAUCCCAUAAUUUCUCAAGGGUCCCAAAUUCGUCUCCUUAUCGUCUCUUUCUUUAUUGUCUGCUCAACUAAAUGCAUAACCAAAAUAAAGUUGAGUUAAUGUUU